AUGGACUUUCUACUUGAUCUACCGACACAUUUACCAAAUGAAACACCGAAUACAUCAGCCCACAAUGACUUGCAGCCAUCGAUAGGUAGCGAAAGCGUACCGGACACAAAAGAGACUCAAGAUUUAUCACCACCAGCGCCAAUCCCAAUGCCCACCACCACCACUACCACCACCACCAUCACCACCACAAAGGCUAUCGCCAUACCCGGAACCAACAUCACAUUGCAAACGGAAGAAGAUAUAGCCAAAUGGAUAGAAGAGAGAAAGAAAAACUGGCCCACCAGAGCCAAUGUUGAACGAAAACAACAACUCAAGGAGGAAAAACUUAAAACACACCAACAACAAUCAAACCAACAAAACACGAGACAAAAACGGCCAAUCGAUGAAAGCGAAGCAACUUUCCCCGAGAAUAAGCAAAGUAAAUCCAUUUGUCGAUUUUUCCAACAAUACGGCAAAUGCAAAUAUGGAAACAAGUGCAAAAACAUUCAUGAAGCGUCCAACCCUCGUGAUGAUCCAAACCCCAUUGCCACUAAAUUCAAUAAUAGUUUAACUCAUUACAAGAGGAAAUUGAAUGGUGUUACUAUUCUCGUGCCUAAAUUGUAUUCAAAUCGAACGGAAAAUACGGCAACGUCAAAAUCAUCCCUCUUCAAGCAUUUAAUCACUCAGGAUCAAAUAAAGAAUGAAAAUAGUUUAGUUAUUGAUUUCAUCAAGUAUCUUGAUGAUAAAGGGUUGAUUGAUCAUAAUGUCAUGAAGAAAGAGUGA